AUGGCCCGCUCUUCACCCUUUGCACACUGUUCUCUGCCUGCGGAAAGAGCCUCAAUGCGUGCCUGUGUGGACUGCCUCAGGGGGCUUUUUCCCCAGCUUCGGGCUGUGAGGGCCCUUGCAGGAGGCUGUAUCAGCAAUGGGGGUUAUCCCAAGCCUAGUAUUGCUGUGACUCUUGCAGACUCUUGGUGGUACCACUUUGGUGGGCUUGGCCGGGGCACUGACAACAGACUGGCCCACCGGCGGCAGACAGUUCUCCGAGAGAAGGGGAGAAGGUUAGCUAAUCGAGGACCAGCAUAUAUGUUUAAUGAUCGCUCUACAAGCCUAUCUAUUGAGGAGGAACGCUUUUUAGAUGCAGCAGAAUAUGGCAACAUCCCAGUGGUGCGGAAGAUGUUAGAAGAAUGCCUCUCGCUCAAUGUCAACUGUGUGGAUUACAUGGGCCAGAAUGCCCUGCAGCUGGCAGUGGCCAACGAGCAUCUGGAAAUUACAGAGCUUCUUCUCAAGAAAGAAAACCUCUCUCGUGUUGGGGAUGCUUUGCUUCUAGCUAUUAGUAAAGGUUAUGUUCGGAUUGUGGAAGCAAUUCUCAGUCACCCAGCUUUUGCUGAAGGCAAGAGGUUAGCAACCAGCCCUAGCCAGUCUGAACUCCAGCAAGAUGAUUUUUAUGCCUAUGAUGAAGAUGGGACACGGUUCUCCCACGAUGUGACUCCAAUCAUUCUGGCUGCCCACUGCCAGGAAUAUGAAAUUGUGCACACCCUCCUACGGAAGGGUGCUAGGAUUGAACGGCCUCAUGAUUAUUUCUGCAAGUGCAACGAAUGCAACCAGAAACAGAAACAUGACUCCUUUAGCCACUCCAGAUCUAGGAUUAAUGCCUAUAAAGGACUGGCAAGUCCAGCUUACUUGUCAUUGUCUAGUGAAGAUCCAGUCAUGACGGCUUUAGAACUUAGCAAUGAGCUGGCAGUGCUGGCCAAUAUUGAGAAAGAGUUCAAGAAUGACUACAAAAAACUGUCAAUGCAGUGCAAGGAUUUUGUUGUCGGACUCCUUGACUUGUGCAGAAAUACUGAAGAAGUCGAGGCCAUUCUCAACGGGGAUGUGGAAACGCUCCGCAGUGGUGAUCACGGUCGCCCGAAUCUCAGCCGUUUAAAACUUGCCAUUAAAUAUGAAGUAAAAAAAUUUGUAGCUCAUCCAAACUGCCAACAGCAGCUUCUCUCUAUAUGGUAUGAGAACCUCUCUGGUUUACGGCAGCAGACGAUGGCGGUCAAGUUUCUUGUGGUCCUUGCCGUUGCCAUUGGACUGCCCUUCCUGGCUCUUGUUUACUGGUUUGCUCCAUGCAGCAAGAUGGGGAAGAUAAUGCGUGGACCAUUUAUGAAGUUUGUAGCACACGCAGCCUCCUUCACCAUUUUUCUGGGAUUGCUAGUCAUGAAUGCAGCUGACAGAUUUGAAGGCACCAAACUCCUUCCUAAUGAAACCAGCACAGAUAAUGCAAAACAGCUGUUCAGGAUGAAAACAUCCUGCUUCUCGUGGAUGGAGAUGCUCAUUAUAUCCUGGGUAAUAGGCAUGAUAUGGGCUGAAUGUAAAGAAAUUUGGACUCAAGGUCCCAAGGAAUACUUGUUUGAGUUGUGGAAUAUGCUUGAUUUUGGUAUGUUAGCGAUCUUUGCAGCAUCAUUCAUUGCAAGAUUCAUGGCAUUUUGGCAUGCUUCCAAAGCCCAGAGCAUCAUCGAUGCAAAUGAUACUUUGAAGGACUUGACAAAAGUUACAUUGGGAGACAAUGUGAAAUACUACAAUUUGGCCAGGAUAAAGUGGGACCCCUCCGAUCCUCAAAUUAUAUCUGAAGGUCUUUAUGCAAUCGCUGUAGUUUUAAGUUUCUCCAGAAUAGCUUAUAUUUUACCAGCAAAUGAAAGCUUUGGACCUCUGCAGAUAUCUCUUGGAAGAACAGUAAAAGAUAUCUUCAAGUUCAUGGUCAUAUUCAUCAUGGUGUUUGUGGCCUUUAUGAUUGGAAUGUUCAACCUCUACUCCUACUACAUUGGCGCAAAACAGAAUGAAGCUUUCACAACAGUGGAAGAGAGUUUUAAGACACUGUUCUGGGCUAUAUUUGGACUUUCUGAAGUGAAAUCAGUGGUCAUCAACUAUAAUCAUAAAUUCAUUGAAAACAUUGGUUAUGUUCUUUAUGGAGUCUAUAAUGUUACAAUGGUCAUUGUUUUACUAAAUAUGUUAAUUGCAAUGAUCAACAGUUCAUUCCAGGAAAUUGAGGAUGAUGCUGAUGUGGAGUGGAAAUUUGCAAGGGCCAAACUUUGGUUUUCCUACUUUGAGGAGGGGAGAACACUUCCUGUUCCCUUCAACCUGGUGCCAAGUCCAAAGUCCCUGUUUUAUCUGUUACUGAAGCUUAAAAAAUGGAUUUCUGAGCUGUUCCAGGGUCAUAAAAAAGGUUUCCAGGAGGAUGCAGAAAUGAACAAGAGAAAUGAAGAAAAGAAAUUUGGAAUUUUAGGAAGUCAUGAAGACCUUUCAAAAGUAGCACUUGACAAAAAACAGCUUGGGCACAAUAAACAAUCAAGUAUAAGAAACUCAGAAGAUUUUAAUUUAAAUACUUUUAAUAAUCCUCCAAGACAAUAUCAGAAAAUAAUGAAGAGGCUCAUUAAAAGAUAUGUACUACAAGCCCAGAUAGAUAAGGAAAGUGACGAAGUGAAUGAAGGGGAACUGAAGGAGAUUAAGCAGGACAUCUCAAGUCUCCGCUAUGAACUCCUUGAAGAAAAAUCUCAGAACACAGAAGAUCUAGCAGAACUUAUUAGAAAACUUGGGGAGAAAUUAUCCAUGGAACCAAAUCAAGAGGAAAGCAAUAGAUAAUGCAAAGACUUCCUUAGAGAUUUUUAUUUAUUUGUCCACUUGAAGCCAUAUUAUUUUCUGAUUUAUUUUUUUAAGUGCCAAUGUGCCCACCUUUUAAAUGAGAAAAAAGUUAAAUGAUAAUUUGGGUCAUCCUAUUACCCCGGGACCCCCAAUAUCUAAUAUUUUGGUGAUUAAAUUUUAUUGUUCAGGCUAAAGGUUGAAGAUUAUGAUGAAAAUGAUGAUCAGUCGCUUGGUGCUUGUUUUGUAAACUGCUUUCUUGGGUAUAACUAUUGUGCUAAUGUGAUCACCUUGCAGUGUCUGCCUGGGAAGGGUCUCAGCUGGCAGGGGUGAACCCACAUUAUUUUCCACGUGGUUUUUCCCCCAGAAGGUGAUUUCAGAUACCUUCUUGGGUGCUCUGUGGAUUCCCUCCUUGUUAUUCCCAGCCCUGAAAUACGGAGAAUAAUAAUCUAUGGCCACUUAAAAAAUGCUGUUUAAUCAUCAUCUAUCCUACUUAGCCCCCAAAGAAUAUGACAGAUUCUGUUCAUGCAAAUUGGGCUUAUAUGUCUCUUAAAUUUUCUGACUCAUCUCUUUGAGAACAUUACAAUUAACAAUGAAAAAGUGUUUCCUCCACUGAACCCUGGAAAUGUAGUCCAGUUGUGUAUGUGUGAGAGUGUGUAUAUUUUGUAUGCAUGUAUGUGAACGUAUGUACGCACACAUAAGAUGCUUACCUUAUUUCUUUUGUAGCUAAUGGGGACAUGCAAAAGCUCUUUAUGCUAUAAUUUUUUGUUGUGACUGCAAAACUACUGUCCACAUAAGAAUGUUUUAUUGGAGAAGUAUCAAAGCCACAAGCAAUGUGGUUAUUUGGUCCAACUGUAGCACAAUUUUGUGCCAUUUUGGGGGGCAUUUACAGAUAAAUUCCCACAUCUGGCCAUUGACAUAAAGGGAAAAAAAGUGAUGUGGGAAUUUGCUAACACUUACCUGUUAUUCUCAGUAUGUACUAUUUUCCUACCCAAAUAUGUAAAACAGGAAUUUGCAUUCGGGUACAUUCAUCAAGAGGUUAUUGUUUUUACUUACGGAUGAUGUGAGGUGGUAUCUUAACUGAAAGAGAAAAAUGAAGGUUUAUCUGUUUACCCAAGACUAUUGACAUUCAGAAGAUUCUAGGCAUUAACUUGGAUAUGCUUCUUUAGAUUCAAUAAAGGGAGGCUUCAAAUGCAAA